GACGCCGAGUACAGAGAACAGCAGUUUUCCCUGCCAAGCACCUCACUUCCGCCAGUGUGAGAUCUGUUUGCUGUCUUUCCCAAAAGAGACCCAGUUCCAGCGCCAUAUGAGGGAUCAUGAGCAAAAUGACAAGCCUCACCGGUGUGACCAGUGUCCGAUGUCAUUUAAUGUUGAGUUCAACUUGACACUUCAUAAAUGUACUCACAAUGGUGAAGAUCCUACGUGUCCUGUUUGCAACAAGAAAUUCUCCAGAGUGGCCAGUCUGAAAGCUCAUAUAAUGCUACAUGAGAAAGAAGAGAAUCUUAUCUGUUCAGAGUGCGGAGAUGAGUUUACUUUACAGAGUCAGCUGUCCAUACACAUGGAAGAACAUCGUCAAGAAUUGGCAGGCAGUAGGAUCCACAGCUGCAAGUCUUGCAAAAAGGAAUUUGAAACUUCCUCACAGCUAAAGGAGCAUAUGAAAACUCACUAUAAAAUAAGGUGACGAUCACAGGAUUGUAAUGAAAUGAGCAGAUGU